AUGGCAGAGAGGCUCUGCAGCAAGAAAGCGGCUGUGGCUGCUGGCGAGGACCGCUUAAGCACGCUGCCGGAAGAUGUGAUCCAUCUCGUGCUGUCGCUCCUGCCCUCGUGUCAAGCCGUGCGGACGUGCGUGCUCGCCACCCGCUGGCGCACCCUCUGGAAGUCCGUGCCGUCUCUUCGCGUCGAUGCCGAUGAUGAGGCCUACCGGUGUUGCCAGGACCUGAAGCGUUUCAUCGAUAGCUUUCUUCGCUGCCGUGGCCCAACACCUCUGCACGAAUGUGAGAUCCUUUUUGACGAUGAUCGGCGCUCGGAGGAGUUUCACCAAGACUUUGAGCUGUGGCUCCGUUAUGCCGUGCCUCACAAAGUGAGGGUUCUCCGAUUUGAAAUCCUAGCUGGUCAUGAUCCGUUGCAGCUAUCUGCCGGGGCUCUCAUCUCGGAGCAUUUGACAACAUUAAUUCUUCGUUGCGUCGAGUUUGAGGAUUUCUCUCUGGAUGUUUCCGGCUGUCAGUCACUUGAGGUGCUGGAGAUGCACGAGUGUGUAAUCAACAUCGGGACUGCCUUACCGAAAUCCUUAAAGCAUCUGACAAUCAGAGAUACAAGUUUUGGCUCUCAGGAUUCCCCCUGUCUUACUUCUGCGCCAGGUCUGGUUACCUUGGAAGUUGCUGACUGUCAUGGUUGGACCCCGUUGUUUAAGAGCUUGCCAUCACUAGUUGCGGCAUUUAUAAACACCGAAUAUGUCUUGAAGGGUUCUUGCGGAAAUAGUUUCAAUGGGUACUGUGGUCAUGAGCAAUGUGUGGUGUGCCAUGGUAUAGCUGAUUUUGUGUUUCUUGAAGGUUUGUCGGGCGCUACGAAUUUAGAGUUGACAGCUGAAUACUUUAUGAUUUUCAGAACAGAUAUAGAAUGGUGCCCUAUGUUUAGCAGGCUAAAAACAUUGUUGCUCAGUGACUGGUGUAUGGCUCAGUACUUCCAUGGACUAGUUUUCUUUCUCAAGCACUCACCGAUUCUAGAGAGGCUUACCCUUGAACACUGUACUUUAUCUAAGCAAUGGUAUGAUACCACGACUGAAACCUACAAGCCAAAGGACAAAUUCUUGGUAUCAAAGCAUCUCAAGGCAGUCGAAAUCAAUCAUGUGAAAGGUGAUAAAAGGAUUCACCUAUUAUUGAAGGUCCUUGCUUUCCAUGGAGUAUAUUCGGAACUAAUAAACUUUAAAGAGAAGUAUACUUCUUAA